CGCCACCACUCCAAUUUUUCCCAAACUUCCCGAGUCUGCACGUCAUCCACCCACUACUCCACCCCACUUCACCCCCAGCACCCGGACACCCACCGCAUCACACCGUCUUAGCAACAAUGGUCAAACUCCACGAGGUCGAGGACGAGCACUUCGCCGAGGACCAGGUGGGCCCCAACAAGGACGACACCGACUACGCCGACACGGACAGCGAGAUCACCAGUUCCGACGACGACUCGUCUGACGAUGAGGACAACAACAACGACACGUUCGAGGAGACAAUGUACGAGCGGCUCGUGGCGCUGAAGGACAUGGUGCCGCCGAAGCACCGCGCGCGCAUCUCGGCCGUCGCCAGCGGCACCUACAACCUCGUCUCGGCUGGCCUCCGCUUCGGCGGCAAGUCCCUGUGGAUCCUGAGCACCAGCGCCAUCAUGCUCGGUGUCCCUUACGCCCUCGCCGUCGGCGAGGAACAGCAGAUGAUGGAAAUGGAGAAGGAGAUGAAGGCUCAGCAGUUGGCUAGCAGUGGCCUGUCCUCUGGUAACCUGAUGGAGCAGAUGGAGCAGCAGGGACAGCAGCAGAAGAUCUAAGCUUGUGCGCUCGCUCUUUACCUGUCAUCUUCAACUGUAUAUCAACCGACAAAACCUUCACUCUUGAUCCUCAUGGCUUCUUUGCCACUGUACAUUUUCUUUGAUCUUUUGCGUUUCUGGGGGGAUUUCCUAUAGUUUCGAAUGGGGAGUGUGGUCUGGGCCAAAACAUAGAAGUAAAGAAGGAGGAUGGAUGUGUGGUGGUGUUUGGCCAAUCCAUGUACUCUUCACUCACGGGGUUUCACGGUUGGGAAAAAUGGGAAUGCUUGACUGUCGCUAGUACAGAACUUUCAAAGGAGAUG